AUGGCGUGGUUACGGUUACAGCCUCUCACCUCUGCCUUCCUCCAUUUUGGGCUGGUUACUUUCGUGCUCUUCCUGAAUGGUCUUCGAGCAGAGGCUGGUGACUUGGGGGAUGUGCCCAGUGCAGGGCAGAACAAUGAGUCCUGUUCGGGGUCAUCGGACUGCAAGGAGGGUGUCAUCCUGCCGAUCUGGUAUCCAGAGAAUCCUUCCCUGGGGGACAAGAUUGCCAGGGUCAUUGUCUAUUUUGUGGCCCUGAUAUACAUGUUUCUUGGGGUGUCUAUCAUUGCCGACCGCUUCAUGGCAUCUAUUGAAGUCAUCACCUCCCAAGAGAGGGAAGUGACUAUCAAAAAGCCCAAUGGAGAGACCAGCACAACUACAAUUCGGGUCUGGAACGAAACUGUCUCCAAUCUGACCCUGAUGGCCCUGGGCUCUUCUGCUCCAGAGAUCCUCCUGUCUUUAAUUGAGGUGUGUGGUCAUGGGUUCGUUGCUGGUGAUCUGGGACCAUCUACCAUUGUGGGCAGUGCAGCCUUCAACAUGUUUGUCAUCAUUGGCAUCUGCGUCUAUGUGAUCCCAGAUGGGGAGACUCGGAAGAUCAAGCACCUGCGAGUCUUCUUUGUCACUGCUGCUUGGAGCAUCUUUGCCUAUAUCUGGCUCUAUAUGAUCCUGGCAGUCUUCUCUCCUGGUGUGGUCCAGGUGUGGGAAGGCCUCCUUACUCUCUUCUUCUUUCCAGUGUGUGUCCUGCUGGCUUGGGUGGCAGAUAAGCGACUGCUCUUCUACAAAUACAUGCACAAAAAAUACCGCACAGAUAAACACCGGGGAAUUAUCAUUGAGACAGAGGGUGACCACCCUAAGGGCAUUGAGAUGGAUGGGAAAAUGAUGAAUUCCCACUUCCUAGAUGGGAACCUGGUACCCUUGGAAGGGAAGGAGGUAGAUGAAUCUCGCAGGGAGAUGAUCCGGAUUCUUAAGGAUCUGAAACAAAAGCACCCAGAGAAGGACUUAGAUCAGCUGGUGGAGAUGGCCAAUUACUAUGCUCUUUCUCACCAACAGAAGAGCCGUGCUUUCUACCGCAUCCAAGCCACCCGUAUGAUGACUGGUGCAGGCAAUAUACUUAAGAAACACGCAGCAGAGCAAGCCAAGAAGACCUCCAGCAUGAGUGAAGUGCACACUGAUGAGCCCGAGGACUUUGCCUCCAAGGUCUUCUUUGACCCCUGUUCUUACCAGUGCCUGGAGAACUGUGGAGCUGUCCUCCUGACAGUGGUGAGGAAAGGAGGAGACGUGUCCAAGACCAUGUAUGUGGAUUACAAAACAGAGGAUGGCUCUGCCAAUGCCGGGGCUGACUAUGAGUUCACAGAGGGCACGGUGGUUCUGAAGCCAGGAGAGACCCAGAAGGAGUUCUCGGUGGGCAUCAUUGAUGAUGACAUCUUUGAGGAGGAUGAACACUUCUUUGUGAGGCUGAGCAACGUCCGUGUGGAAGAGGAGCAGCUGGAGGAGGGGAUGCCCCCAGCGAUGCUUGGUAGUUUUCCUUUGCCUCGGGCUGUCCUGGCCUCUCCUUGUGUGGCCACAGUUACCAUCUUGGAUGAUGAUCAUGCAGGAAUUUUCACUUUUGAAUGUGAUACCAUUCAUGUCAGUGAAAGUAUUGGAGUUAUGGAGGUCAAGGUUCUGAGGACAUCAGGUGCCCGGGGCACAGUCAUCGUCCCUUUUAGGACAGUAGAAGGGACAGCCAAGGGUGGUGGUGAGGACUUUGAAGAUACAUAUGGGGAGCUGGAGUUCAAGAAUGAUGAAACAGUCAAAACAAUUCACAUCAAGGUAAUUGAUGAUGAGGCGUAUGAGAAAAACAAGAAUUACUUCAUUGAGAUGCUGGGCCCCCGCAUGGUGGAUAUAAGUGUUCAGAAAGCGCUCCUGUUAUCUCCAGAGGUGACAGACAGGAAGCUGACUGUGGAGGAAGAGGAGGCCAAGAGAAUAGCAGAGAUGGGAAAGCCAGUAUUGGGUGAACACCCCAAACUAGAGGUCAUCAUUGAAGAGUCCUAUGAGUUCAAGAGUACAGUGGAUAAGCUGAUCAAGAAGACAAACCUGGCAUUGGUUGUGGGGACCCAUUCCUGGAGGGACCAGUUCAUGGAAGCCAUCACUGUUAGUGCAGCAGGGGAUGAGGAUGAAGAUGAAUCGGGAGAGGAGAGGCUGCCUUCCUGCUUUGACUAUGUUAUGCACUUCCUGACAGUCUUCUGGAAGGUGCUUUUUGCCUGCGUGCCCCCCACGGAGUACUGCCACGGUUGGGCCUGCUUUGUGGUCUCUAUCCUCAUUAUUGGCAUGCUCACCGCCAUCAUCGGGGACCUAGCCUCUCACUUCGGCUGCACAAUUGGGCUCAAGGAUUCUGUCACAGCUGUUGUUUUCGUGGCGUUCGGCACCUCCGUGCCAGAUACAUUUGCCAGCAAAGCUGCUGCCCUGCAGGAUGUGUAUGCAGAUGCUUCCAUUGGCAACGUCACUGGCAGUAAUGCUGUCAACGUCUUCUUGGGUAUUGGUUUGGCCUGGUCCGUGGCCGCCAUCUACUGGGCCAUGCAGGGACAGGAGUUCCAUGUGUCUGCUGGCACUCUAGCCUUCUCUGUCACUCUUUUCACCAUCUUUGCAUUUGUCUGCCUCAGUGUGCUCUUGUACCGUCGGCGGCCCCACCUGGGCGGGGAGCUCGGAGGUCCCCGUGGCUGCAAGCUUGCCACAACAUGGCUCUUUGUGAGCCUGUGGCUCCUCUACAUACUUUUUGCCACACUGGAAGCCUACUGCUACAUCAAGGGGUUCUGA